UAUUUUUCUUUAAACCCCAGUGCCAAAAGUGGUUGUGACAUACGUUUUUGAGGGGAAGUAAAAGUUAAUAAAAAUUCACUUUGAUCCUCUUUGUGUUUACCCGGUUGCCAUGUACUUAAUCUGAAAAUACGAUGAUGGUCGAAUAAUGGGAUUUUGAUGUCCAUAGCCGCCAAACAAACAACGCAGAACAAGAACAAAAAGCAAAAACAAAACCAAAACUCGUAAACAAUAGUAACCGGAUGAAAAGCAUAACCCUUGGAAUAAUGGAACUGUAAUGCCACAACAAUAACAAGGAUUAUUCGAAAAUUCUCAUCUGUUUUAGUGCUUAUAUCUGAUUAAGAUUGCAGUUAUCCACACUGAAAUUUAAUAGGAUAGACGGCGAGAACGAUUAAUUUACAUUACUAUGCACAAUGAGUCUAAAUACUUCCAAUGUAAUCUACUGUGAUAAAAGCUUCGACGAUUUCCAUACAAAUUACAAACAUGUACACGGACAUCUUUCGGUAGUUGUCUGCCUGCUGGGCACAAUGGCCAAUACGCUGAACAUAAUGGUACUGUCACGACGUGAAAUGCGCACACCCACAAAUGCCAUUCUAACCGGUUUGGCUGUGGCCGAUUUGGCCGUUAUGCUAGAAUAUUUACCGUAUGCCAUACACGAUUACAUAUUGUCGGAAUAUUGGACGAGGGAACAACAGCUGAACUACUCAUGGGCUUGCUACAUUAAAUUCCAUGCCAUUUAUGCCCAGGUAUUGCACACCAUUUCCAUUUGGUUGACGGUGAUGUUGGCGGUGUGGCGCUACAUUGCCGUUACCUACCCGCAGGUGUCACGCGAAUGGUGCGGCAUGAGCAAUACUGUGAUCUCAAUAUUGCUGGCCUAUGUCAUUUGUGGUCUGGUGGUUACACCCUGGCUGUACUUAGUCAGCUCGGUGGCGCAAUUCGAGGAGGUGGUUACCGAACAAAAUAAAGUGCUUUAUUCAAGGCCAUUGAGUGAAUAUAUCCUUAAGUACCAGGCCAAGCAUGAUUAUGCGAAUUUCUCUAAGCUCAGCACUUUAAAUGCCACUGGCGGUCUCAAUAUCAGCAGCGGCGGCGGCAGCGGCAGUAGCAGAAGCAGUGGCAACAGUGUCAGCAUCAACGACGACAAUGUUACGAUAAACGAUACCUCAUUAUUUCAGCAGGAGCAGCAACAGCAACAACAUCACAACAUAACUGUUUAUCGCCUGUACCACAGUGACAUGGCCUUGCAGAACAGUACCCUGCGUCUGGGCACGCUGCUCGUCUAUUCGGUGCUGAUAAAACUGAUACCGUGCAUAGCACUCACCGUGCUCUCGUUGCGUCUCAUCACAGCCCUGUUGGAGGUGAAGAGACGCCGCCAAAUGUUACACAGUCAAUUGCUAAAGGCCGAGGAGAAAUCUUCCCAAUCGAAUGCCAGCCAAUCAAUGCCGGUUGGUGUUGGCGGUAGUGGUGCGGUGGUGGGCGGUACCACGGUCGCAGGCUCCUCACCCCUGGUCGAUGCCAAUCAAAUGGCCAUGAACUCCACACUGAUGAUACGGAAAAAAAUCGACAAGGCGAAACAAACGGAUCGCACAACGCAAAUGCUGUUGGCGGUGCUAAUGCUGUUCCUUAUCACGGAAUUGCCGCAGGGCAUAAUGGGUCUGCUCAAUACGAUAUUGGGUGAAGCGUUUUUUAUGCAGUGCUAUCUGAAAUUAAGUGAUCUCAUGGACAUAUUGGCUCUACUCAAUUCCAGUAUAAAUUUCAUACUUUAUUGCUCCAUGAGUCGACAGUUUCGACAGACGUUCAUUUUACUCUUCUGCCCACGUCGUCUGGGCAGGUGUUUGCUCUCCCAUCGCAAACACCAUCGUCGCCAUCACCAAAACCAUUCCAGGCACCAGAACGAGAAGAACUCAUGUCACCGACAGGAUAAACAUCAACAUCACCGGCACGACAGCCACCAGCAUAUGCCGUUGCAGGAGGAUAAUUGUACGCUGGUCAAUGGUCUGAUGGCACAUGACAAUCGCAGUCGAAGUGCCUGUACUGACCAAUGGUUUCAAACAACACAGGUUACGAAUGUGUAGCCAAGCGAAGAUAGUCAAGCUGAUUGUGAUAAUGCUCGUGAUGAUGAUGAUGAUGAUGGCUACGCCAUUACUCAGGAUGUUUUAUAAAUAUGCCGUCAUUGGGUGACAGGGGAGGGAGGGUGGAAUAGUGUUAGAAAUGUGUGUAAACUCAUCUCAUGGCAAAGGAAUUGAAAUUAUAACAAAAGCACCUUUACAGGGGAGCUCUUCAAGUGGAACUGACAAUAUAUUUCAUGUGGGUGUGCGUGCAUGUUUCAAACAUAACCUCCAGAUGACUUUAAGAAAAACCAAAAAACAACAACUUUAAAACGAAAAGGACCAAAUAAAUUAAAGAUAAUCAUAAAACAUCAACAGCAGUAGCAACAGUAGCAGCGACAACAAACAGCCCGCGACCCACAACCACCCAUACUUGGAACACAUUUAUGUCUUUUAUCCUGCCAUGAAAGCGGUCUUGACCUAUCCGAGCUUUUUAGCAUAUUAACAAAAGAGCAAACCUCAAAUUUUAAAUGAUACCCAUGUGCAGAUACUGGCAGAUAUGCCAAAUGUGCUUUUGCCUGCUAAGCCACAGGAAUCAGGGUUUGAACAACAGCAACUGAAUCAAAUUCAAAGGAAAUUACUUUAAUGCCAGCAAAAGAAUGGCCUUCUCACGAAGCGGGUUUUAAUGCAAAAAAAAAAAACAACACACACACAGAAAUUUUGCAGCAGCCACAACAUUUUGUGGAUUUUAAAAACAAGCCAUAAACAAGGCCCAUGUGGCAGCAGUAACAACAAACAACAACAGCAGCAGCUAUACCAUAAAGGCAUAUUCAAUGAAAUGGAAUAAAAAACCGCAUUACCACAGAUUUCCUGGGCUCUUUUCAUAAUAAUAAUAUAUUUAAUUUUUCAGAAUGUAGUUAGGAAUUUUUAUGACUCUCAUUAGUUGAGCCUCCUAGGGGGGAAAGUUAAUUUUUUUUUUGAACAAGUAAGCAAAGGCUACAGUCGAGCGGGGCCGACAGUUGAAUACCCUACAACACUAUAAUAAACGAUACAGUUUAUAUAUGCGAGAUACUCGAAAGAAUUCCACAAGGUAUUGUGACAAAUAAUAAAAUAAAACCAUUAGGUUUUGUUCACUAAUCUUCGAAUAAUAGCAACUUAAACUAAUUUGCUCAUUUCCAAUUUAUUGGUAGAUGUUGCACGUAAAUGGUCUUCCUAGAUCUGGAACCAAUAUUUCCCAACGACCUAUAACCUCUAAGAAGUGGCAAAAGAUUAACAUUUAUUAUUGGUUUUUGACUGAAACGCAUCUAUAUGAGAUACAGACAUUUGACUAUACGAAAUCAGCGUUAACGAAAUAGUCAGAAGUGCGUCUUUCCUUUAUUUGUGAAUUCUCCAAAAAGUCUCUGGAAUAGAAAUUUUCGUAUUUUGUCUACAAAAGUUGGCAAACUAUUUCACACAUUGAAUAUUUUUGGAUGGCCAUCCAAAACUGCUUGGCUUUUGCAAUGUCCGGUAACCCCCUUUCAAAUGUCCGUGAGGAUCGGGCGAUAAUUACGACCUGCCGACAAUUUUGCACUUUUUUUUUGGUCCAUUUCAACCCCUAAAUAUAUGGCGAUCAUCUCCAAAAAGAGUAGGCUUCUAUUCUGACCCUCGUCUUAUCCCCAUGCAAAAUUUCGUAAGGAUCGGGCCAUAAAUGCGAUCUGUAUAUGAUAUCCUUACUACUUAGUUUUGUUAGCUGUAGAAAUAUUACCAAAUGUUUAAUUCAAAAUGAAAAUAUGCCAAAAAUAUGACAAAAUUGAAAAAAUAUGAGAAAAUUUUACAAAAUCAAUAUUUUCAUCUUUAGAGAGAUAUUUUUAUGCGAUUUUUUAGACGUUUUUUCUUUCCUGCCAAGAGGCCAUUCUGAAUUAAUGAGAACUGUCGAAAUCAGUUCAGCCGUUCUCGACAUAUAAGAGAUCUUUCAAGCAUAUCUUCUUUGAUAGACAUAUAUAUCGCACAUAUUUUGCUAUAUAUCCGAUUUGUUGGAUGUUAACAUCAAUGUAAAGGUCAGAAGUACCCUUGUCAUGGCUUUGUGAUUUCGCCGGGAUUUAAAAUAUUCGCGGUUUAAUGAAAAUUUUUGAAUUUUUUCAACAAAAAAGAUAUGGUCUAUUUUACCCGCUAAAUAUUAUCCGAUGACCACCCAAAUUUGUAGGCUUCUUCCCAGCCCUAAACUCUAGCUACAUGCGAAAUUCCGAUUGCUCUAUAAUUGCGACCUGUAUAGCUACUGCAAAAUCCGAAAUUUUUUCAGUAUUUGGUCCAUUUCAAUCCCUAAACAUUUGGCGAUCAUCUCCAAAAGAAAUAGGGUUCUAUUCUGACAUUAACCCCACCUACAUUUUAAAUUUCGUGAAGAUCGGGCCAUAAUUGCGACCUGUAGAGUGAUUACAAAUUAACAUGGACAGACGGACAGACGGACGGACGGACAUACAUAGCUAGAUCGACUCAGCUCGGCGAGCUAGGAAGAUCCAUAUAUACUUUCCUAUGUGGGAAACCAAUAUUUCGAGGUGUUACAUAAUUUUUGGCCCAAUCAAACUUAUAAUACCCCCAAUACAUAGUGUUGUAGGGUAUAAUAAGAAAUCACUCCCACAAAUUGGUUACAUCUUUUUAUGGGAUACAGACUACAAUUAGAUGUCUGCCAUAAGUUAAUCUAGAAUUUCUUUUUUUUUCUGUGAAAAUUUUCCAUAGCCCCACAUUGCGAUAGGUAAGGAAGGGUGACCUAGAAUAAAUUGGCUUGUUAUGUGAGGAUUAAGUAUACAAGUUGUCAGUGUUUUAAUGUUGAGUGACCAUUAAAUGACAGCAUAAUCUGACACAAAUUUUACCCAUAUCGGCCGUGAAUGACGGAAGCUGGAAAUUAAACAGAAGUUAAUCAGUCCCGUUCUCUUAUAUUCCCAGGGAGCUUGUUUUUUAUGGCAGCAAAUUCCCUAAUUCUGUAAGCCUUAUGCUAAGCCAUAAGGGAGAUACAAUAGCGCAAUAAAUACAAGGUAGGCCUAAGCUAUCGUAAAUUCUUAUUUAUACUCUGACCAUGAAAAAAGCAAGAACAUGCCAAAUUUAGUCCGCAUAUACGAAGGGUUUGUCCUUCGGAUUUAUUAAUUUCAUGGCAAGUGCUAAGCGUGCAGGGAAAUGCAAUCUUUUGAAGUUGAGUGCAUUUCGGUUGCAAUUAGAGAAUUCGAGGUAGCAACAUACUACCCCGUAUCCUCAAUUAAAUUGUUAUGUAGUCUUUAUACCCUCCAGCAUACAUAGUAUGGAGGGUAUAUUAGGUUUGUCAUUCCGUUUGUAACUCAUCGAAAUAUAAACCCCAUAAAGUAUAUAUAUUUUUAACAGCAUAAAAUUCGAUGUCGUUUUAGCGAUGUCCGUCCGUCUAUCCGUCUGUGAAAAUCACUCUAGCUUUUGAACGAAACAAAUUAGCUUGAUAAAAUUUUACUCAAAUGUGUAUUAUGUCCGCAGGACUUUUGGUGCUGAAAAUAGGUCAUGUAGGUCCAUGUUUUGGUAUAGCCCCCAUAUAACGGUACCUCUGGAUAUUCGAUGUUUUGAUGACUUUAGCGAUAUUUUCACCGGAAUUGUUUUAAAUUUGAUAUUUAAAGUUCGAAAUGGAUACUACAGCCUAAGACAAAAAAUUGUCUGUGUAGAUCCACGUCUUCGUAUAGCCGCUAUAUAACGAUACCUUCCGACAUUCGGUACUUUGUUGAUUUUAGCGACAUUAUUCACCGGAAUUGUUUCAAAUUUGGCGUUUGAUGUUCGUAAUGAAUAAUACAGCCUAAGACAAGAAAUUGUCUAUGCAGGUCCACGUCUUCGUAUAGCCCCCAUAUAACGGUACCUUACGAUAUUCGAUAUUUAGAUGAUUUUAGCGACAUUAUUCACCAGAAUUGUUUCAAAUUUGGUAUUUGAAGUUCGUAGCGGAUACUAUAACCUAUGAUAAAAAAUUAUCUGUACAGGUCCACGUCGCCGUAUAGACCCAAAUAUAACAGCUACAUUUGAUAUUUUUAAGAUUUUAACAGAAUUGUUAACGGAUUUUAUUUAUUUUUAUUUAUUUAUUUAUUUAUUUUUUUUUUUUGAAAAUUGCCAAAUUCUUUCCAAAUGGCGGAGGGAAUUCAAAGUUCGGCCCGGUCGAACUUACAGCUUUUUUACUUGUUUUUAAUUAAAUCCUCUCCAAUCAAAUUAUAUGAAAUAUAUCCCAAGCAAUAUAUGGUCGAAACUAUAUAAAGUUCUUAACAAACGUCAUUGGGCUAUUGAGCUACAAACCAAGUACCGUUAAAUCCACUUCGAAUUUUUGAACUGGAUUUUGAAUGCUGAAAUUAUAAAGAAAUUUGGAAUUGGAAAAUGUGCUAAAUUUGCAGAUUUCUAUACUCUCUACCAUAGGGUAUAUUAUGUUUUUGAUUCCGCUUGUAACACGUUGAAGUAUAUAUAUUCUUGAUCAACAUAAAAUUCUAUAUCGAUUUAGCGAUGUACGUCCGUGCCUGCCAUUCUGUGGAAAUCACUCUAGCUUUCGAAUGAAAUGAAGUGGGUUGAUAGAAUUUUAUUCAGAUAUUUGUUUGUUCUGCAGGACUUUCGAUAUUUUAAUUUGGCCGUAUAAUUCUACCUACAGAUUUAAUGUUACAGCAUACAGAAUAUGUUCUCAUUUUAUCAGAAAAAUCCCUGCAUAGGUCUAAGUUUUGAUAUAAUCUCCAUAUAACUGUACCUCCGAAUGUUAGGUAUUUUAUUGAUUUGUGUCACAAUUUCAAGGGAAAUGUUUCAAAUUUGCAAUUUGAAGCUCCUAAUUUUUAUAACUUUCUUUUUUUGUUUUUUUUUUUUUAAUUUUGCAAAUUCCUUCUAAAUAGUGGAGGGCAUAAAAAGUAAAACCCGAACUUACAGCUUUUUUACUUGUUUUUGUUAAUUUUACAAUUAUUUACAAAUCUUAAUUGAGAAAAAAUAUAAUGGAAUUUUGGGGUUUUUCCACAAAGCUAAAUUCAAAAUAGAUGAAAUUAACAUUUUGUACAAAAUUAUAAAAUCUAGUAGCAAUUUACAAUUGUUUUAGUUUUUAUCAAACAAAAAACAUUUAAUUAAUAUGUAUUUUUAUUCUGUCUACCGUUAUUGUACCAUGAUGAUGUACAAAUAUUGUUUCUUUCCGGUGAGUUCAUCUAUCUCUGUAUUUUUAUAUAGGUUCACAUGCUGCGGUCAUAAAGCUCUCAACAAAACGGUUUGAAAACUUUGGUAAAUUGGUUUAUUUUAUAAUUCACAAGAGUAAUGGCACACAGUACCACAUAUUGGAUUAUACCGAAUCCCAUAUUACAUAAAUUUAUUCAACCAAACGAAACUUAUAUUUUUUGUAACUAAAUUUUAGACAGGCUCUUUUUAAAAAUUAGGUGUUUUCACAAAAAAUAAAACAAAACAUUUAUCCAUAGAUAUGUUAUACUAUUUGUACAUACAUAUGUAUGUGUGUAGAAUACCCACUUCUGAAGUGUUAACUGUAAAUAUUUUAUAAACCAAAAAAAAAAAACUUUGUAAUUCUAUGUAAAAAAUAUAUGUUUAAUGAUUUUUAAAAACUUCACUACUUUUAAUAAAUUUAAGAAAGAAAUGUGUAAGAAA